GCUACCCGAAGGGCUACCACAGGCGGCGGGGCGGGCGCGCCGCGCGCCAUGAGCCACCGGGUGCUGGCGGAGGCAGGCCCGCUGGCAGGUAAGGCGGUAAGCGCUCCGGGUUUCGGAGGUUGGUUUGGGGCGAUACCAGCAGGUGGCACGGUGCCGGCUUCCUGCCUGUUCAUGGGCCAAGGAGGGUAAAGGUAAAAUUCGACAAGGCCACGCGGCCUGCCCCGGCGGUAAAACUCAUCAGGUUCCAGACCCAGAGCUCGGUUUUAGUUUCCGUUGCAUGUAGACUUAAUGGUUAUCACACUAGGUGUGAUAACUGUUUGCAUGGUUUGUUUCCCAAUUCAUUAUGAAGAUAAAAAGAUUUUUGUUUUUAAAAUUUGGGGAUGGGAACCUUUAGAUUAUUAAAUUGAAAAUAAAUAAUUGGACAUAUUUUGGAAUAAAAUGCUUUCAAUUUUCUGACUCCCACCUGGCACAGAGCCCAGGGUGUUUGAUCAGUUGGAGGCAGGGGCCACAGAGGAGGAAGCUCUCUUAACCUCCUGGCCUCCUCAGAAGAGAUCUUCGAACUCUUAAGUCUUGAAGCUGGAUGGUUCAAGAUAAACUGCUUUCCCCUCCCAGGAGGACUCCAGAGCUGUGGUGAGGAGGCGUGGGAGGUGCUUCCCCAGGCCUCCCAGCACUGGGGUCUCAGCCUUUCAAGAUUGGGACCCUGCUGUAGGAUGGUGGGGGUCACCAUCCUCUGUACACAGGGCUGCAGCCUCAGCCGUCCUCUAACAUCCCCUUCCCCACCCUACAGAGUAGAACUGUGUUCCUUAGGGUAGUUCUGUCCCUAUUCCCUGAGAAAAACCUUAUGUUGUGAAAUGGAAAUACUAAGAUCCAGUUAGCAUCCUAGAACAUCUCGAGGCGGGGAUGAUAACAGUGAAUGAAGUGCCUUAAAAGUGUUUAUCAGAGUGCCAUAGUUAAGCUGAUUUUAGAUUCAGCUCGAUACUCCAUUCAUGAAGCAGCUGUUUAGUGCCCAGUGUGUGCCAGGGACACAGCCACUUACCUCAUGGUAUUCACGCUCAUCCAGAUUCCUUUGAGUUGACUCAUAUUGAUCGUUGGCCUCUUUACCUUUCCUCCAAUGAUUUCUGGAAUCCUGCCCCAGGAGGCUCCUCUUUGCCCAGAAUAAUAAAGGCACAGUGUCCACCAGACUUCAGGGUGUAUUUCUGAAACUUCCCCUCUGUCUUUGUCGUCUAGUGCUGCUAUAGCAGAAAUACCUCAAAUGGAUGGCUUUAACAAACAAAUUCUCACACAGUCUAAUAGGCUAGAAGUCCAAAUUCAGGGUGCCAGCUCCAAGGCAAGGCCUCUCUCUUUCGGCCCUGGAGGAAGGUCCUUAUCAUCAAUCUUCCCUUGGUCUAGGAGCUUCUCCCUGCAGGAAGCCCAGGUCCAAAGGAUGAUCUCUGCUCCCAGCACUGCUUUCUUGGUGGUAUGAGGUCCCCAUGUCUCUCUGUUCACUUUUCCCUUUUAUAUCUCAAAAGAGAUUGAGUCCUGCCUCAUUAACAUAACUGCCACUAAUCCCAUCCCAUCAACAUCAUAGAGGUAGGAUUUACAACACAUAGGAGAAUCACAUCAGAUGACAAAAUGGUGGACAGUCACACCACACUGGGAAUCAUGGCCUAGCCAAACUGACACACGUAUUUUGGGGGACACUGUUCAAUCCAUAACACCUUCUGAACCAACUUAGGGGAUCUCAUUUCUGGAAGUUUUAAUUGUUCGUUUCUUACACAUAACUGUAUAUGUCUAAAGAAAAAAAAAAUAUAUGUCUAGGUAGUUAAUAAUGGCCUCUUCUUUAUAAGUCAUAGGUUCCAAAAGAGUCUGUUGGCCUUCGAGACUCUGUUCUGUUCCUGGGGCAUUGUUUGCAUUGACCACCCAGAGACUUCCGAGGUCAUCAGAGGCAUGCUUCUUACAUAAACGAUGGUGUUUAUGAAGCCUUUGGCUUCUCCCCUUGGGUCAGGAGGCCAGAACAGGUGACCAGAGCCAGCAACUGCUGUGUCCCUGAGGGCUGGCCCCAUCUGUGCUGUUUUCCCAGCCUCCCCAGCACCAGGUCCUGUGCCGGCCACUUGGGGGCACUCUCUGCUGGUGGCAGAGUGAAUGAUGGACCCAGAGGAGCUUGUAAGAACUUCUGUCCUUAAACGGGAGUCACUGGGUAGUGCAAAUGGUUAAUGCACUCGCUACUAACCAAAAGGUUGGAGGCCCAUGUCCACCCAGAGGUGCCUCAGAAGAAAGGCCUGGCAAUCUACUUCUGAGAAAUCAGCUACUAAAAACCCUAUGGAGCACACUUCUACUCUGACACACGUGGGGUCUCCAUGAGUUGAAAUCUACUCCAUGGCAAUUGGCUUUUACUGUUUUAUCCUUAGACAAGUGUGUUCCAGAGCACCCCAAGCUGUCCCCAUUAGAGGUUCUUCUUACACUUCUGGUCCUUAGAUGUUUGUCACAGCAGAGUCCAAAAACUUGUCUUUAUUCAACCCUCAAGCGAAGAAGCUGAGGCCACUUCCUUCUCCCACAAUGACAGAGGACAUGCUGCCUGAGAAAAAAGACCAGCAGAGAGGAAUUGAGCACUUUGAUGAAGUACAACAUGAAACAGCACAAUAAGCUGGUGAUGAUGUAAAACAACGACAGCAAACUCUGCUAACCAUCCUUUCAGAAGAGGUCAGACCCCAGAUUUGGGGGACACAACCUUUGCUGGCCCUCCACAGGUGUCCUCACCCCAUGGGGCAGAGGACAAAGAGAUGCUUGGUCUUUGCCCAGAGUGGAAUGACAGGGCUGACAUCAAAUCAGGCUAUAGGUUUGAUUUUAAUUUUAAUGAAAACUUCUCUGUCUGUGGAGGUUUGUGUGUUGCUCUGAUGCUGAACAGGUUUCAGUGAAGCUUCCAGACUAAGAUAGAUUAGGAAGGAAGGCCUGGUUAUCUCCUUUUGAAAAUGAGCCCAUGAAAACCCUAUGAAUUACAACGGUCUAAUCUGUGACUGAUCAUGGGGAUGGCACAGGACAAAGCAGCAUUUCAUUCCACUGUGUGUGGGGUCCCCAUGAGUCGGGAGCCGACUCCACAGUCCCCAGAGACAGGUUGCAGCCUCUUAGGGUUUUUGUGUUUUGUACUCAGUGGCCUUGUCCUCUCCAGGCUUUUCCCUCUUUACACUGUGGUUCUCAAACUAUGUGGGGAAGAAAUACCUUGAGCAGAAUACAGAGGAGAAAGAAUAUGUCCUUUUCUGAUCCAAGUUCAUUUUUAUCCUUUCCUGUCUCAACAAAAGCGUAUUGGACUGUACGCACCACCCUGCUCCAUGGGGUGAAGAGAAAACCUUCUGGACUCCUCUCUGCCGAAGGCUGCCAGGCCCUGUGGAGUUGAAAAGAGUUCCGGAUGUUUCCUUCACUCUUAGUAUGUUCGGUUCAGAGAUAGCAUUUACCAACAGGCACCUGUCUACCUUCUCCUUUUAAAAAAAGAAAAAUUCAAAACUGUAGAACCAAAAACCCACUGUCAUUGAGCUGAUUCCCCCUCACAUUGCCAUUGACUGAAUUCCAGCUAACGGAGACCCUAUAGGACAGUAGAACUGCCCCAUAGGGUUUCCAAGGCUAUAAUCCUUACAGAAGGAGACUGCUACCUCUUUCUCCCAAGGAGCAGCUGGUGAGUUCAAACCACUGACCUGUCAGUUAGCAGCCAAGUACUUUAACCGCUGCGCCAGAGGGGUGGGCAAAUCUGGCCCACAUCUUAUUUUUGUAAAUAAAGUUUUAUUGGCAUACAGUCAUGCCUAUUCACUGACACAUCAUCUGUUACUGCUUUAGCACCACAGCAGCAGAGCUGAGUGAGUAGUUGUGACAGCGAUCUUAUAACCUGCAGAGCUGAAAAUAUUUACUCCCUGGCCCUUUACAGAAAAUGCUUGCUGAGCCCUGGAGUAGAAGGUCCGCAGAGGGUAACCAAGAUAUUUUGAUGACAUGGCUUUCCCUUUGGCCAGUUUAAAUGGACAGCUUAGCAGACACCCAGACACCCAUGCAAUUUAAGACAACACUUUUAAAGUGGGUGGGGGACCAGUGGAACCUUUGGGAUCUUAUUUGGAAUUAAUAUAUGAUCACCUUGUUCUUGUUUGUUUUAAAACAUUUUGUUCACUGGAAUGGAACCAGAUGUAGUAUAUUCACACAACAGGAUAUUUAGUCAGCUAUAAAAGGAAAAUGAAGUUCUGACUCAUGCUACCACAUGGAUGAAACUUGAAAACAUUACGCCCAGUGAAAUAAGGCAGACACAAAAGGACAAAUUGCGUGAUUUAAUGUACAUGAAAUGUUCAGAGUUGGUAAAUCUGUAGAGACAAAAAGCAGAGUGGUGGUUGCCGGGGUCUGGGGAAGGGGAAGUGGUGAGUGGCUACUUAAUGGGCACUGGGUCUCCUUUUAGAGUGGUGAAAAAUUUGGAACUAGAGCAGAGUGGUGGCUAUAAGACAUUGUAAAUGCACCAAAUGCCAUUGAAUUGUUCACUUUAAAAUGGUUAAUUUGAUAUUAUGUGAAUUCACCUCAGUUUUUAAAAAAGAAAACUCAGCCAUGUGGUCCCCCGUGGCCGUGCGGCUCCCUUGGCUGUGUGGCUCCCCUCCCCAUGGCAGUGCUGACAGUGGCACUUUCCCACUGCUGAAUGUGGCCUCUCAUGUUCACUUUCUGGUUAGGGGUCGCUGUUUUGAAAUUCAAGAAUCCUCCUGUGAACAGCCUCAGCCUGGGGAUGCUGAUGGAGCUGGUCAUCAGCCUGGAGAAGCUGGAGAACAAUAAGGCCAUCCGUGGCAUUGUCAUCACAUCUGAAAGGCCCGGCAUCUUCGCCACCAGCCUGGACCUGAUGGAAAUGUGUGGCCAGAACCCAGCCCACUACGCCGAGUACUGGAAGGCCGUGCAGGAGCUGUGGCUGCGGCUCUACCAGUCCAACAAGGUGCUGGUGGCUGCCAUCAACUUGAGUGGAGCCUACCCCACAGGAGAGUGCCUGAUCCCCCUGACCUGUGACUACCGAGUCAUGGCCGACAACCCCAAAUAUACCAUCGGGCUGAAAGAGACCCUGGUGGGCAUCGUCGCCCCUUUCUGGUUCAAGGACACACUGGUGAACACCUUCAGGCACCGCUCCGCGGAGUGCACCCUGCAGCUGGGGAUGCUCUUUCUGCCCACUGAGGCACUCCAGGUGGGCAUAGUGGACCAGGUGGUACCCAAGGAGCAGGUGCAGAGCACAGCCCUGUCUGUCAUGGCCCAGUGGAUGGCCAUCCCAGAUCAUGCUCAGCAGCUGACCAAGAGCAUGAUGUGGAAGCUGACCGUGGACCACCUGGUAAGCAGAGAUGCUGACAUCCAGUUCUUCGUCUUCACCUCCCGAGACUCCAUCCAGAAGGCCAUGUAGACAUACCUACAGAAGCUCAGACAAAAGAAAGGUUAA